AUGAUGAGAUUCUUCUUCAAGACCCACCAUGGACACUUCCGUCGGAUCAUUACGCACGCGAGAUCACUCGACCCCGUCGCGAAAUUGCACAGCUUUGUUGAUGAUCCAAGCUCGCACCCGUGGCCCGAAUGGCUUGGUUUGAUGGGGAUGCUCGUGAAAAAAGGCUACUUCGGAGAAACCAUGAAUCAAUCGAUGACUUCCAUAGAAUCGAAUCAUAUUCGAACCGCAUGCCUCAAUUUCGCCCGCCAUCGUUUCACUCUCGUCAGAUACUUGUCGAAGAACGAUCUCAAAGUGAUUGCUGGGUGUGGAUGUCCUUCCACUGAUAGGAAAGUUGUGAACUCAGGAAAACGUCUAAGAUCUUAUGUGGGCAUUGAUGAAGCAAAUGUGUGUGGGUCUUGCAACUUGAGAGGGAAAUGUGAAAGGGCGUACGCGGAAGCAAGAGAAGAAGAAGGUGCUCGAACUAUAGAUGUCAUGCGUAUACUCCUAACGUACGGGCUUGAUUCAAUAUCUCCUACCGUGGAGAACCGUGCCUGUCAGACCAAAUUCGUUGAAGACUCUGUGAGGAAGUUGCUGAGAGAAAGCGUAGAGUAUAGCUUGAAGGAUGUUGAAUCUUCUGAGACUGAGACAGCUCGAGAUGAUGAGAUAGACCUGCGAAAACGGCCAGGGGAUUGGCACUGUACAGAAUGCAAGUUUCUGAAUUUUGCGAAGAACAUAAGAUGCUUGCGGUGUGAUGUGUUUUCUGAGGAGAGGCUGAAACAGUUGAAGCAAGAACAGAGAGAUCAUCUCCCACUGAAGAAAGGAGAUUGGAUUUGCCAAACAUGCAAUUUCAUGAACUUUGCGAAGAACACGAGCUGCUUAAGGUGCAAAGACAAGCCUUCAAUGCGUCAAAUCAAUCCUGGAGAGUGGGAAUGCGAGUCGUGCUAUUACAUCAAUUUUAGAAGAAACUCGAUAUGUUUGAAGUGUGAUCACAAGAGACAGAAGGCUCCAAACGUCACACCGGAUUCAAAGACUGUUGGAGAUCGUCACAGUGGUGUUGUUUCAAAGACGUGGAGUUUUGUAGAAGAAGAGAGUGGAAACCAAUGCAAUGUAGAAGAAGAAGAGGAAGAGGAAGAAGAAGAGGAUGGGUUUAUGGGAUUUCCAGUGGAAGGAGGGAGAAGUAAUGUUUCAAGGAGUGAAGAAAAGAGAGAGCAAUGGAAGUUGGAGAUGAAACAGAGGAUGAGAAGAAGCAAUGUGAAUGGAAAGAGAAAAGAAAAAGACAAUAAGGAGGACGAAACAGAGUCGAGAUGUUAUGAUCGGAGAAAGCUUGAGCUUCUCGGUAACUAUAGUGAUGAUGAUGGAGAGAUGGAUGAUUGGUUUGCUUCAAAAUUAAGAUAA